CACACGUGCCCAUUUUGUUUUGCAGUCGAGUAAUGUACACAAAAUAAGCGGCGGGUGUAUUAUUUGUUGUUAUUUUAAUGAAACUGCAUUUGAAAUGAGUAUUAACGUGGUUGCGAACAUGGAGGAGAAGCCUACCAACGACGAAUUGCCGUAUUUCCCGGAAAACUUUCCGGGAAAGGUGUGCUGUUUAUGCAACCUCGGUGAAAAAAGUGCCUUAGGCCAGGGAGCUAUUCUGCAGCUGAAGGCGCCAGCGCCUAAUGAACUAAAGGAAAAGUACCCUACUGACCGGCUGAAAGAGGACGGAUGCAGGCCAUUCUAUGGCUCCAAGCAGACGCCAACCAGCGCAAGCGAUUGCAACUACGAGCUUGACAAGAUUGGUCAGGCGGAGAUUGUGCAUCCCGCGGAAUUUCUGGACGAGGGAUUUAUUUACGUCCACCGUAUGUGCGUGAUGUGGUCUCUGCGUAAAAGCCAGAUAACCGAUGCGGAUGCAGCGUACUUUGCUAGUCACUUUGCCGAGUUUUUGGAACACAAGUGCAACUUCUGCGGUCGCUAUGGUGCCUCUAUUAACUGCAAGAUGAACUGCCGACAGGUGCAUCACUGGCCGUGUGCGGCGGCCGCAGGCUGUCUUCUAAUCCUGGAGAGCUUCACGGUCUUCUGUACGGAACAUUUAAGUCAAGUGCUUUUAAUAUGCAGCGACAACAAUGUUGAGUGUCUGACGUGUUCUUCGCUGGGAGACUUGUCCAAACUGAUCAUGUGUAGUACCUGUGGAGACCAUUUCCAUUCCACCUGUGUUGGUCUGGCCAAUUUGCCAGAUACCCGUUCUGGUUGGAACUGCGCCCGUUGCACCAAAUGCCAGAUUUGUAGGGUACAGGACUCCAAUGACCUGAAAUAUGUAAAGUGUGAGCAGUGCCAGAAGAUAUAUCAUGCUUCGUGCUUGCGUCCUGUGAUUUCAGCUAUUCCCAAAUACGGAUGGAAGUGCAAUCGUUGCCGCGUCUGCACGGAUUGUGGAUCACGAACGCCUGGUGGUGGGAAUUCUUCGCGCUGGCACAGCCAUUACACAAUCUGCGAUUCGUGUUAUCAGCAGCGCAAUAAGGGUUUUUCCUGUCCCAUUUGCCAAAAAGCUUAUAGAGCAGCGUCCCACAAGGAAAUGGUCAAAUGCAGCUGGUGUCAUAAAUUCGUGCAUAGUACAUGUGACGAAGAGGCGGAUUUGACGGCCUAUCACAAGAAAAAAGACCUUAAUCCUGACUACGACUAUGUCUGUCCAAACUGUAAGAGCAUUUCCUCGGGUCCGGGCCAGUCCCAACAAGCCUUAGACUCUAUUGUACUAUCUGGAAUGGACUCGGGAUCGGACCAACUAAGUCUAAAGAACAUUGAGAUUGAUCCCCUGGAAGGAAAGCCCAAUAUUGAUUCACCCAUGGACGAUUUUCAGAAAUUUUCGGUUGGGAAAAAGAAAGUCUGCUUUCCGAGCGCUCGAGGAAAGAGCGGAAAGUUUGUGCUGCAGCGGAUGGGAGUAAUGUCGCAAAUUAACAAAAAACGCAGCACACGGGGAAAGGGGCGACAGUUGGCGCUGCCCAGCAUUUCAAGUGAUCGUUGUGCAAAUCGCAACAUGGAUACCGACCUGACAAGCGAUAAAAAGAUGCUAUUGUGCUCGGCUCGCGACAAGUAUAUAUUGACCCAAGAUAUUUGUGUCAUGUGCGGUUCGUUGGGCAUCGAGAGUGACUCGGCGAUGAUCACAUGUGCCCAAUGUGGCCAGUGCUACCAUCCGUAUUGCGCUGGUGUGAAGCCGUCGCGGGGCAUCCUCCAAAAGGGUUGGCGCUGCCUGGACUGCACGGUGUGCGAAGGCUGUGGAAAGAAAAAUGACGAAGCACGUCUCCUUUUGUGUGAUGAAUGCGACAUUUCCUAUCACAUCUACUGUGUGAAUCCUCCACUGGAAACGGUACCCACUGGUAACUGGAAAUGCUCCUUCUGUACGCUUUGCCAGAAGUGUGGACGAAAUCCCACCGAGAAAAGCGAGUUCGGCGACUCUAACAUGCCUGAGUGUCCGCCGUGUGCCAGUCAAUCCGCGUGCAAUGUGUGCAAGAGUGCCUAUGCCAAUGGAGAGAUGAUCAUCCAAUGCGAACACUGCGAACUGUGGUCGCACUUCCUCUGCGACACAGUCAACGCCCAGUUAACCAUAGACCACUACGACAGAAACAUGUACAAAUGCUUGAAAUGCCGCAGUUCGUCAAAAAGUUUGAUGUCUCUAAUGGACUCCAAAUCUGGGGAAGCUCUUGGUUCGGGUCUGCAGGCACACUUAAGCAAGGCAUCUCUGAACUCCAAUCUUGCGGGAUCGGGUCUCGAUGUAAAAAAUGUCCCUGACAGAAAUAUGUCUUUGACAAAUGAAUUAUCAGAGGUUCCACCUGAGGCUCUGCACUGGAUUGAUGGCGUUUGCCUGAGUGAAAGCGGACUAGGCAUGAUCAAAUCCCUUUCCACAGAGAUCAAGCGGAAGAGAAAGAUGCGCCAAACUAUGGGCAACGGUAAGGAUGGCCAAGCGGAUGCAGCAGACGAGGCACAAAGUGAAAAGUACAAAGACGGGAUGAUUUGGGAUGGCACGGAAAACGCCAUUCCCGAGGGCUUCACCAUAUCCACCAAUGACGAGGGUGUGCAUAUUCUGCGCAAAAAGCGACAGCGUAACUUGCAAAAACUUGGUAUCGGCGGCUUCUCUGUACGCAAUCGUGGCUUGAAAAAGGAUAGUGAGGAAGCGGCAGCAGCCGAUCAGCUAAAUGCCCUCAUGGUUAUGGACAAAAAGAAGAAAAUCAUUCGGAAAAAGCAAAAGAACAAGCUGAUUGAAGCGUAUCCUGUUUACUUGCAAGAGGCCUUCUUUGGGAAGCCCCUGUUGGAAUGUGGUGAAGUUGUCAUGGGCGAAUCCGAUUCAUCUGAUGAAAUUGACGCCUCCAUGAAAAUGCACUUUACGAGACCUGAAGGCAAAGUCCCAGAAGUUGAAAACCCACAAAUCAAUAAGAGUCCAGCCAAGACACUAAAGAAAGUCAAGUCUGAGAAGAUUGUUCCCGAAAACAAGACAAUAUUCAUCGAGCAAAUGCCAAUGGGCAUUCAGCAAAAGCCCCCAAUGACGCCUACUCCAAACGUUUUUGAUCCUUCACAUACUGAAAUGACAACUGUGCUGACCAACAGGCAUCCCCUUGAUACUUUAACUUCCCCUAACAUUGGCGAACUGGAUGGAACCAACUCUGUAAAUAUGGUCACGUCCACUGAGAUUUUGGAGAAGCCUAUGCGAGAAUCACCAGUUGUGCUGGUAGACAAUUACAUGGUGCCACAACAACUGCCACAGGAUCAGAAGUUCCACAACCCAUUGUAUUUGCCAGGAAACAUGGCAGUAAAUCCACCACAGCAGCUGCAUUUCCAUCAGCCAUCGGAUAUGAAUUUAAACGCACAAAAUGCCAAUAAGCAGAAAAUGCCCCAUCAGGGUAUGAUGGGACAGGUCAUCAUGCAGAGUGAAAAGAGGCCAGAUGAAGAGGUUAAGGUUGCCGAACCUGCAACCGAGAAUCUAAACGCCGGAACUCAGAAAACUGCUGAAAAAAUGCGCAAAGAUGAGGAUCUUGGACCAAUGGCUACCAUUUCGGCAGUGUUGUACGCCAACACAGAGCAUCCAAACCUAAAGGAACUAUUCCCGAACUGGAAUGAUCGCUGCAAACAGAUCCUAAAGCGAUGGCGAUCGCUGUGCAAUGACAAGAAAGCCCCAUUUCUUCAAAAAGCUAAAGAUAAUCGGUCGGCACUGCGUCAACGGCGGGAACAGAACAAAAUACCAAUGCCACCGAAGCCCCAAAAGCAAGAAGAAAUGGGAAGAGUGUGGAAGCAGCCGCCUAAAUUAAAAGAUGACCAGUCCAACAUGUUUGUCACAUUUAAUGGUAAUGCCUACGAGAUGGCCACCUAUGUUAAUAGCCCAGCGCAGCCAACGCCAAACACCCCCCAUCAGAUAAUGACAAAUGUAAAUGAUAAUCUGGUGAUUAAGGCCACCAUGCAGAGGACUACUGUGCAGGCAACGGCACCGAAUACCAUGAAAAUGGCCACUGUUGACAAUCGACUAGAACUAAAUUCGGUUUACGGAGCCGAACCGAUUGGGGAUAAAAAAUUAAGGAAUCUACUGCAAAAGAAUAGUACGGAACCGAUGCUGAUGGGGACGAACUCUGAUUUGUUCCUGCAAAAUGAUGUCCUGCGAAUGGGCAUGAUGCAAAAUACGCCUAUAACCCAGAACAAUCCAAUGAUGAGCAUAAGCGGCAAAUCUCAGCCAUUGGAAGGCAGGACCUUGGAGCAAGAGGUUAAGAUGGGCGAGACCCAGGAAAAUGCUGCUUCUGCUGUCGAAUUGGAGAAUGUUGGAUUUAGCGAUUUGCUUGGCGGUCUCGGUGAAGGGGACGACGAUGAUCUCCUGAAGUCGCUAACGUCCGAGAUAGGAGACGAUUUUAAUAUUCUAGAAUACGCUGACCCAGAAUUAGAUGUAAAUGUUCUCAACUCUUUAGAUUUUGAUGACAAUGAAAAGUGUUCGACGUAAAAACAAACUGUCUAACAUAAAUAAGAAUAAAAAAAAUGCAAUAUUUAA